CGGCUCGGGGUGUGUCAUCAGGGGGGAGCUGGAACGUCAAAGUUGACCUCGAUUAACUUACCAGCCAGCUGGUCCUCUGAGAAUGAAGCCUGAAAAGAAAAGCAACAGUUAAAUGAAAUUCGACGUCGGUACACAAAGUUAGGAGGCGAGUGAUUACUGAUUCAUCAAUGAAGUAUGGCCAUAACAACGGCACCGCACCGAACGCUCUAAAAUUGACCUAGAACAUUGGCUUACAAGCUCUCUUUUCUGUACCCUGCAAGAUACUGUCUCCCUCCUGCCUGCUUUGUUUACAUCAUAGACGUGGUGUCAUUUCUUCUCAACCUCUCUGGUCCUUAGCUAUCCGUCACCAUGUCGUCUUGGAAGUCAGUGUCCAAGUCGAAUCAAAAGACCCACAGAGAACGACAUCAACCUGAAGCUCGCUCACAUUUGGGUCUUUUAGAAAAAAAGAAGGAUUACAAAACUCGAGCAGAUGAUUUUAAUGAAAAGCAGAAAACACUGCGCCUUCUCAGGAAGAGGGCUCUCAAUCGUAAUCCAGAUGAAUUUUACUUUCAUAUGAUCAAUUCCAAAACUGAAGAUGGGGAGCAUUUUGAGAAAGAAAAAGAGGAUGAGCACACUCCUGAUCAAAUAAAAAUGAUGCAAACCCAAGACAUCCAGUAUGUUACAAUGAAACUCACUUCUGAAAAACGCAAAAUUGAACGGCUUAAAGCAGAGCUUCAUAUGUUAGAUGCUGCAGAAGAGGUUACCAACUCUCACACUUUCUUUGUUGAUGAUCCAAAAGAAGUUCUCAACUUUGAUGUUGCAUCUCGGCUAGGGACGCACCCAGCACUUAUGGGGAGGCGCACCAAUCGUAUGAAGUUGGAAACUCUUAAAUCUGCUACUUUGCCUACUAUUGACAAAGCUGCUCUAGAAAAGGCUCAAAGACAGAAGGCACAGAAGUAUGCAGUGCUGGCCAAACGUCUGGAACGAGAGAAACAGCUACGCAUCAUUCAAGAGAAGAUGCUCCUGAAAAAGAAUUUACUCAUCAAGACCGAAUCAAAACCAGAAAGGAUAAAGCCUGCAACUAAAGAUGCACCCCCUGUGUAUCGGUGGAAAACGGAGAGAAAGCGAUGAUGUGAUUCUUGAUUUAGGCCCUAUGUUUACUUGUGAUUUCGGAGUGGUGUGUUGGUGAACUGAAUGAAUAUUAAUCAAUAAAUCUGUCUGUUGAUACUUGCAUA